AUGCCUUUGUUUUGGAAAGCAGUGUCCAUACUCAAGCUUUUGUGCAACCUCUCGGUUUGUGCCGCUGUAUCUGAUGGAGCCUCGCCUAAUCGACUCUUUUACCAACUGCAUGCUGAUUUGAUAGAACCAGAUGUCGAAGUGGUACACUACACACCCAACCUUUUUGCUCCAAGCAGGAACAUCUACUUCUUCUCCGAUGCUCCACAUUUGCUGAAGACAACUAGAAACUGCCUCUUCAAUUCCGGUAGUGGUAAGCGCACACAUAGCAUGUGGAACAAUGGGAAGUACCUACUCUGGGAACACAUUGCCAAGCUUUAUUACUCAGAUCUCGACUCAGGGCUACAUCACCUACCUAAGUUGACAGUAGAUCACAUCGCUCUGAAGUCGUAUUCGAAGAUGAAAGUCAGCAUGGCAGUGCAAGUGUUAAGCAAUACAGUUGCACAAGCUCUACAGCGUCAUUACUCAUCAGGAGAAGCACAGGGAACCGCUAAUCUGUGCAAGAUGAUGAACAAUUUUUUUGAUUGUAUGAAUGUCCGCUCCACCACUGAGUACCAGAGAAAGCGCAAUGCUUUAUUAGCCCCAUACAGAAGUGCAGAUGAUGAAAGAUUUGAUUGGCUGCAAAAUGUAUUUUUGGAAUACUUAACCAAUUGGAAAUCAUCAACAGAAUCAAGAGAAGGUGCAUUUACUGAUGAUGACAGAGGACGCAUGUUCCUGAGUAUCCAAACCUUUAAGGGCUUAACGAUGACAGUCAAAUCAGCUAUCGCAAUCACCAAGUUUUUAUUGAGUGAGGGGUUUGAGUUUGUUUUGACUGAACGGUUUUGUCAAGAUGAUGUUGAGGAGUACUUUGGCUACCAACGUGCACAAGGGCAAAGAAGUGACAACCCAUCAGCCGCUGAAUUUGGUUACAACGACCUAGGAAUUGCCACCCUGCGAGAUGUUGCACCCCAAUCAAUCGAGGUGCAAUGUGAGCGAUGA